CCAGUCCUCCUUUCCUGCUUUGGUGUCUCUCCUGCAAGGGCUGCAUCGCUGUCCCUUCACUCCUGGGAUGAUCGGGAUUUGCUAGAGCUUCUCAUUGCAACAGACAGAACUUGGCAGAAGACCAAAGGGUUCCUUCCGAUCUGUUAGAGGCUUCCUGAGACCACAGAUGGAUGAGCAAGACUCAGCUGGCCUUGAAGCAGAAAGAGGCCAUGACAUCCAAACUGGGAGCAGUGGGGGAUUCUGGGGAAACCCAGUGCCAAAGAUCCUGGAUGAGGAGGACACCCUCCGCUCAGAGGUGCAGAGCCAGCAGUUGAGGCAGUUCUUCUGCCAGGAGGCCAAAGGACCCCGAGAGGUUUGCAGCCGACUCUACCACUUUUGCCACCAGUGGCUGAAGCCAGAAAGGCACACGAAAGCUGAGAUGCUGGACCUGGUGAUCUUGGAGCAGUUCCUGGCUGUCCUUCCCCCGGAGAUGGAGAGCUGGGUGAGGGAAUGCGGAGCGGAGACCAGUUCCCAGGCGGUGGCCCUGGCCGAAGGUUUCCUCCUGAGUCAGGCAGAGGAGAGAAAGCAGGUAAAGGAUCAUUUUGCAGAAAUGGACCUGGAUUCCUGUGAGGCAGAGAGGCCUCCGUUGGACACCAGAGAAAGGCAGCUGGGUGACAGAAUGAUGCCGGCAAGACCUCCUGAUCCGUCUUUUCAUGGGGGCAGAAGGGAAGCAGCGGCUGUGGAACCAGAUCAGGGUCCAGUGUGCUUUGAAGACGUCGCUGUUCGUUUCACGGACGAGGAGUGGGCAUUGCUGGAUCCUGACCAGAGAGCUCUGCAUAAGGACGCCAUGGAGGAGAAUCGUGGGAUCGUGGCCUCUCUUGAUUGUGAUGAAUUGGAAAUCAAGAACAAGGGUGACCACAAUAAAAUCCCCAUAGAGGAGAAGCAACAUAACAAUUUGGAGUGUGGAGAAAGCUGCAGUGAGCGCUCCCAUUCAACUUCCCAUCAACAAAAUAUCAUUGGAAAGAAACACUAUCAGUGUGUGGAAUGUGGAAAGAGCUUCAGUCAGAGCUCCUCUCUCACUUCCCAUCAAAGAAUUCAUACAGGGGAGAAACCAUAUCAGUGUAUUGAAUGUGGAAAGAGCUUCAGUCAGAGCUCCUCUCUCACUUCCCAUCAAAGAAUUCAUACAGGGGAGAAACCCUAUCAGUGCUUUGAAUGUGGAAAGAGCUUCAGUCAGAGCUCCAAACUCACUUCCCAUCAAAGAAUUCAUACAGGGGAGAAACCAUAUCAGUGCUUUGAAUGCGGAAAGAGAUUUAGUCACAGCAACAGUCUCACUUCCCAUCAAAGAAUUCAUACAGGGGAGAAACCCUAUCAAUGCAGGGAAUGUGGAAAGAGCUUCAGUCACAACCCCAGUCUCACUUCCCAUCAAAGAAUUCAUACAGGGGAGAAACCCUAUCAGUGUGUGGAAUGCGGAAAGAGCUUCAGUACAAGCUCCUCUCUCACUUGCCAUCAAAGAAUUCAUACAGGAGAGAAACCCUAUCAGUGUGUGGAAUGCGGAAAGAGCUUCAGUACAAGCUCAACUCUCACUUCCCAUCAAAGAAUUCAUACAGGGGAGAAACCCUAUCAGUGUGUGGAGUGUGGAAAGAGCUUCAGUCACAGCCACCGUCUCACUUCCCAUCAAAGAAUUCAUACAGGGGUGAAACCCUAUCAGUGUGUGGAAUGUGGAAAGAGCUUCACUUUUAGCUCCUCUCUCACUUCCCAUCAAAUAAUUCAUAAAGGGGAGAAAUCCUAUCAGUGUGUGGAAUGUGGAAAGAGCUUCAGUAGGAAGGACAGUCUCACUUCCCAUCAAAGAAUUCAUACAGGGGAGAAACCCUAUCAGUGUUUGGAAUGUGGAAAGAGCUUCAGUAGGAAGGACAGUCUCACUUCCCAUCAAAGAAUUCAUACAGGGGAGAAACCCUAUCAGUGUGUGGAAUGUGGAAAGAACUUCAGUCACAGCCACAGUCUCACUUCCCAUGAAAGAAUUCAUACAGGGGAGAAACCAUAUCAGUGCUUCGAAUGUGGAAAGAGCUUAAGUCAGAGCUCCUCUCUCACUUCCCAUCAAAUAAUUCAUAAAGGGGAGAAACCCUAUCAGUGCUUCGACUGUGGAAAGAGCUUCAAAAGCUGCAGUCAGUGCUCCCAUUCCACUUCCCAUCAACAAAAUUUCAUUGGAAAGAAACUCUAUCAGUGCAUGGAAUGUGGAAAGAGCUUCAAUCAGAGCUCCCAUCUCACUUCCCAUCAAAGAAUCCAUUCAGGGGAGAAACCCUACCAGUGUGUGGAAUGUGGAAAGAGCUUCAGUUGGAGAACCGAUCUCACUUCCCAUCAGAGAAUUCAUACAGGGGUGAAACCCUAUCAGUGUGUGGAAUGUGGAAAGAGCUUCAGGAGGAGCUGCGAUCUCACUUCCCAUCAAAGAAUUCAUACAGGGGAGAAACCCUAUCAGUGUGUGGAAUGUGGAAAGAGCUUCCGUCACAGCCACUAUCUCACUUCCCAUCAAAGAAUUCAUACAGGUGAGAAACCCUAUCAGUGUGUGGAAUGUGGAAAGAGCUUCACUGAGAGUUCCAAACGCACUUCCCAUCAAAGAAUUCAUACAGGGGAGAAACCCUAUCAGUGUGUGGAAUGUGGAAAGAGCUUCUGUAGGAGCUCCUCUCUCACUUCCCAUCAAAGAAUUCAUACAGGGGAGAAACCCUAUCAGUGUGUGGAAUGUGGAAAGAGCUUCAGGCAGAGCUGCGAUCUCACUUCCCAUCGAAGAAUCCAUGCAGGGGAGAAACCCUAUAAGUGUGUGGAAUGUGGAAAGAGCUUCAGUCACAGCCACCAUGUCACAGACCAUCAAAGAAUUCAUACAGGCGAGAAACCCUAUCAGUGCAUGGAAUGUGGAAAGAGCUUUAGUAGGAGGUCCUCUCUCACUUCCCAUCAAAUAAUUCAUACAGGGGUGAAACCCUAUCAGUGUGUGGAAUGUGGAAAGAGCUUCAGUUGGAGAACCGAUCUCACUUCCCAUCAGAGAAUUCAUACAGGGGUGAAACCCUAUCAGUGCAGGGAAUGUGGAAAGAGCUUCAGGAGGAGCUGCGAUCUCACUUCCCAUCAAAGAAUUCAUACAGGGGAGAAACCCUAUCAGUGUGUGGAAUGUGGAAAGAGCUUCAAUCAGAGCUACUAUCUCACUUCCCAUCAAAGAAUUCAUACAGGUGAGAAACCUUAUCAGUGUGUGGAAUGUGGAAAGAGCUUCACUGAGAGUUCCAAACUCGCUUCCCAUCAAAGAAUCCAUACAGGGGAGAAACCCUAUCAGUGCAUGGAAUGUGGAAAGAGCUUCAGGAAGAGCUCCUUUCUCAAUUGCCAUCAAAGAAUUCAUACAGGGGAGAAACCCUAUGAGUGUGUGGAAUGUGGAAAGAGCUUCAGUCAGAGCUCCUCUCUCACUUCCCAGCAAAGAAUUCAUACAGGAGAGAAACCCUAUCAGUGCGUGGAAUGUGGAAAGAGCUUCAGUCAGAGCAACAGUCUCACAUCCCAUAAACGAAUCCAUACAAAUGAGAAACUUUAUCAGUGCAUUGAAUGUGGAAAGAGCUUCAGUCAGAGCUCCUCUCUCACCUCCCAUCAAAGAAUUCAUAGAGGGGAUAAACCAUAUCAGUGUGUGGAAUGUGGAAAGAGCUUCAGUCAGAGCUCCAAACUCAUUUCCCAUCAAAGAGUUCAUACAGGGGAGAAACCCUAUCAGUGCUUGGAAUGUGGGAAGAGCUUCAGUCAGAGCUCCAAACUGAUUUCCCAUAAAAGAAUUCAUACAGGAGAUAAACCCUAUCAGUGUGUGGAAUGUGGAAAGACCUUCAGUCGGAGCGACUCUCUCACUUCCCAUCAAAUAAUUCAUACAGGGGAGAAACCCUAUCAGUGCUUGGAAUGCGGAAAAAGCUUCAGUUGGAGCUCCUCUCUCACUUCCCAUCAAAGAAUUCAUACAGGGGAGAAACCUAAGUGCUUGAAAUGUGGAAAGAGCUUCAGUCAGAGAUACUCUCUCACUUCCCAUCAAAUAAUUCAUACAGGGGAGAAACCCUAUCAGUGCUUGGAAUGUGGAAAGACCUUUGGUCAGAGCUCCAAACUCACUUCCCAUCAAAGAAUUCAUACAGGAGAUAAACCCUAUCAGUGUGUGGAAUGUGGGAAGAGCUUCAGUCGGAGCGACUCCCUCACUUCCCAUCAAAUAAUUCAUACAGGGGAGAAACCCUAUCAGUGCUUUGAAUGUGGAAAGAGCUUUAGUCACAGCCAAAAUCUCACUUCCCAUCAAAGAAUUCAUACAGGGGAGAAACCCUAUCAGUGUGUGGAAUGUGGAAAGAGCUUCACUGAGAGUUCCAAACGCGCUUCCCAUCAAAGAAUUCAUAGAGGGGAUAAACCAUAUCAGUGUGUGGAAUGUGGAAAGAGCUUCAGUCAGAGCUCCAAACUCAUUUCCCAUCAAAGAGUUCAUACAGGGGAGAAACCCUAUCAGUGCUUGGAAUGUGGGAAGAGCUUCAGUCAGAGCUCCAAACUGAUUUCCCAUAAAAGAAUUCAUACAGGAGAUAAACCCUAUCAGUGUGUGGAAUGUGGAAAGACCUUCAGUCGGAGCGACUCUCUCACUUCCCAUCAAAUAAUUCAUACAGGGGAGAAACCCUAUCAGUGCUUGGAAUGCGGAAAAAGCUUCAGUUGGAGCUCCUCUCUCACUUCCCAUCAAAGAAUUCAUACAGGGGAGAAACCUAAGUGCUUGAAAUGUGGAAAGAGCUUCAGUCAGAGAUACUCUCUCACUUCCCAUCAAAUAAUUCAUACAGGGGAGAAACCCUAUCAGUGCUUGGAAUGUGGAAAGACCUUUGGUCAGAGCUCCAAACUCACUUCCCAUCAAAGAAUUCAUACAGGAGAUAAACCCUAUCAGUGUGUGGAAUGUGGGAAGAGCUUCAGUCGGAGCGACUCCCUCACUUCCCAUCAAAUAAUUCAUACAGGGGAGAAACCCUAUCAGUGCUUUGAAUGUGGAAAGAGCUUUAGUCACAGCCAAAAUCUCACUUCCCAUCAAAGAAUUCAUACAGGGGAGAAACCCUAUCAGUGUGUGGAAUGUGGAAAGAGCUUCAGUCAGAGCUCCAAACUCACUUCUCAUAAGAAAAUCCAUACAAAGCUCAGAAAAACCAUUAUACACCUUUAGGAGCCAGGCAAAUAAACACCUUUUUAACCAGGCGUUUGGCUGAUUGACAUCUAAUGCCCUUUUAAAAUGUGGUGGUUUUUUGUUUUUAUGUUGCGUUUUUAUGUUUUAACCAUCCUGAAACUUGUAGAUGUAGGGGAAUAGGCGCCAACUCUUAAAGGCCUAGGGGUCUUUGCCCCGCCCCCAAUAAAAUAUUUGAGGAGGCCACUCCCCAGUUUGUUUGUUUUUUUAAAUGCAACCUUUUAUUAUUCCACAACUUGCCAUAAAAUUUUUCUUUGAAUUUGCCCUCGUAAAAAAAGUCAUGAAAAAACAAAAUACAAGAAAAUACAAACAUGGACAGGUCCCAUCUUUGUGUUCCAAACGCUAAAGUUGCUUUAAAGCAGGAUUUCCCAAAUUUGGGUCCCCAGCAGCUCUCCGACUACAGUUCCCAUCAUCCCGCCCCAUUGGUUCUGCUAGCUAAGGAUGAUGGGAGUUGUAGUCUAACAACAGCUGGAGACCCAAGUUUGUUUUAAAGGGAAAGUACGCAGGCCCUCUAACACCCUCUGCUGGCCAAAAGCAUUGCCACAGAAUCUGAACCAGUACUGCUAAUUGGAAUUUAUAGAUCACAAAAAGUGAAGUUUGAUCGGCACUUCAACCUCUUUGGACCUUCUAGGUGCUUUCUGCACCACCUAGAGUACCCACAGAAUUGUGGCUUCUACUGGCAACACACACAGGAGAACAAAUGAAAGACAAACACAAUGGGCAGGGGGAAAACCCGGAAAGGGCCAUACCAAAUGGAUAUCUGGUGUGAAGAGGUAACUUUUCCCACUGCUGAACAAUGCCACAGGUAGAGGAGAUGAAAUGCUAGAAGUUUUCUCAGGGGCAAGGGGAGCUGCUGGGAAAUUGAACUAUGGGCUCUAAAAUACUACAUUUUUAAAAAGUUGCUGCCAUUACAGGCAUUGCCAUUCAAAGAGUUGUUGUGACGUGGAGUUCGUGAUUUCAGCUCUCUUGAAAUCUCUUGAAAUAUGCUGGAGACAGUUCUCUAGUAACACAAACAAGACUGAGCUCUGAGGAGAGGAAAGCUACUUUUAUCUGGACGGGGGACUAGCUAGAAAGGGAUACAUAGAAUCAUAGAGUUGGAAGAGACCACAAGGGCCAUCCAGUCCAACCCCCUGCCAAGCAGGAAACACCAUCAAAGCAUUCCUGACAGAUGGCUGUCCAGCCUCCACUUAAAGACCUCCAAAGAAGGAGACUCCACCACACUCCUUGGCUGCAAAUUCUACAGUCUAACAGCUCUGACUGUCAGGAAGUUCUUCCUAAUGUUUAGGGGUCAGUCCAUGAAAAUGUGGAAAAAAAAUUUUUUUGUAAAAAGUUUAAUAAUUUUUUUACAUGUUAUGUUUGUGUACACAUAUCAAAGUGUUUUGGCAACAAAACAAAUUAUUCCCAGAAUGCUUCAUUCCAAAAUGGCUGCCACCUGAAUGUAGCACAUGUUGCAAAUGAUUUUGUUUCUGAAUUUAAACAUACAUUAAAGGUAAGAUAAAAUCUAUUCAAACCAUGAAAACAAUGAUUGUAAUAUGUCUAUUGAAAGCUUAAAAUGUCAUCUUUCAAUUGCAAAUGGUCUAUAUUGCUCCAAUUACAUUCUUAAUUGGUAUUGAUUGAUGUUAAUUAUUGAUGAUUAAGCUGUAAAGUGA